AUGGCCAGAUCAGUGAUGCCCUCGAUGCCUAACCAGCAGGCCCACGAUGUACCAGCAACACAGGAGAAAUCCUUCGUUUGCUCUCAUCCAGGCUGUCCCAAACGCUUCACAAGAGCCGAGCAUCUUCAACGCCAUGCACUCAAUCAUGCUCCCGGCGGCUUAGCUUGUGAACUCUGCCGUGCCCAUUUCAAGCGCCCAGACCUCUUGAAGAGGCAUAUGGAAAGACACCGUCAAAAAGACUUGGAAGCAGGCGGCCCUGGUUGUGGCACAUUGGAUACUAGAAAACGAGCCUGGGCUACGGUUGACGGCGCUGUCGUCCAGAAACGUCCGUGUCUCAACAGCGAGACUGACGAGGGCCCUCCUGAGCAGGUCGCUCAGCAGGAGCCAUCCCCGGAUCCUGAGCCUUGUGAUGUGACAGAGUCUUUGGUGAACAGCGACUCUUUAUUCUUUCCAAACGCAGGGCCUGAAGCUGUUCAGCACGCCCCUAUCGACUGCCUCCCCUUUGGCGAGGAGGCUCGCCAACACCAGCAGCAUCGGGCACCGCUAGAGUUCAACCCUCAUAGUCCUAUCUCCCACGACUGCUUUGACCCCAAUUCGGGAGCUCAGAAUCAAACCUCCUUUGUCCCGUAUGAUUCAUCCUGGACAGACUUGGCAAUCCAGCAAAACAUCUCCGAGUUGGAGUACGAUCAAAUCUUCCAGCCUGACACCGCAUCAUCAUUUAACAUGCCCUAUACUACUGCUCUUGACUAUAAUUGGCUGUUCAAUAUUCGCGACUUUUCUCUCCCCCUUGAAAAAGAUACAGGUUCAUUGGGUCCAAACACCGGCAUCAACAUUGACGCUUACAUUACUUCGAAAAACUCAUUUGCUGCCUCGCCCGUAUCAAUGAAUAGCUCGCACGUCUGGUCAGAACCUCAUCAAGACUCCGUGCAGGACAUGGAUCCUCGCCGACACAACAGCAUCGCUAGUAAUCAGACCCGGGACGAAACUUUCUCAGAAAGAGCACACCAGUCACUCAUAAACGAAUCACUUAUCCCUGGACAUGGCACAGAACGGAGGAUUGUAUCCGCAGCUUCAUCACCCGUCGAAGUAAUAGCUCAGAAACGUCGGAACCCAGUGACUUUGGAACAUCCCCCAUCUCUCGAGAGGCCCUUUUCCUCUAUUCAGAGUAUCCACGUCCCCGAAAUAGACGACGACGUUCGUCAAAGCAUUUUGAAUGUGAUAGAAGCAUCGAACCCCUGUUUUCCCGAGCAGCGCGAGUCCAUGUGGCAAGAUCCCCUGCUAUCCACGACGUCACUCCAGAGCUAUCUUGACUUAUUCUUUACCCGGUUUAAUACAGCAUAUCCUCUCAUUCACUUGGCUUCAUUCAACCCAGCGGAUGCAGAGCCUCUACUACUACUAUCCAUCUUACUAUUGGGUGCAACCUACUCAGGCAAAGACUCUCACCAAUUAGCUGUGUGCAUCCACGAUUCAAUACGGCCCCAAAUAUUUGCCCACGCCGGGUUCUCGCCCCAGCCCAAGCUUUGGACGUUACAGACAAUCCUACUGGUGGAGUGCUUUGGCAAGUCCAGAGCUGGCCAGAAGCAGCAUGAGAUGAGCCACUUGUUCCAUGGCCUCCUCAUCAAUCUCAUUCGCCGAUCAGACUGCCAGUCCGUUCAGCCAGUAGGCCCGCCCACUAUAUCAGAUGAGAAUCACGAGGGUAGCUUGAGGCAGGCUUGGUUGAAAUGGACUGUGGCGGAGCAAAAGAAAAGACUUGCUCUCCUUUGCUUCAUGUGGGACACUCAGCACGCUGUGCUCUUCUGCCAAAGUUUGUGCAUGUCUGCCUUUGAGCUUCGUGUCAACAUGCCCUGCACUCAAGGGAUUUGGGAAGCGAGGGACCCUGCUUUGUGGGCAGCGGCAUGGAGAUCAACACCAUCCGCAGAUCAUGGCACCCCGUAUCUUGUUGCACUUAAGUCUUACCUUUCGCCAUCGGUACCACGUCCUUCUAAUCUCACCAUUCUAGCUCGCGUUCUCAUUUUACAUGGCCUGAUGUCCAUUGCCUGGGAUAUGGAAAGGAGAGAUCAGACGGCUCUCGGAGUCAUUGCAGGUGGUGGUGUGAGCGGCAGGCCUGGGUGGAAGAGGAUGAUUAGCUCGGCUUAUGAUCGCUGGGAGAAAGAUUUCAGUGCACACUGCACCGCAUCGAUCGCUCGACUACAAAAUGCUCAGAGGAGUGGACGGCGUGUGAGCAACGCAGUUGAACGUACUGGGACUGAGGAGGCCCAGAUUUCCGAAAUUGCAGUCUAUGCAGCUGCAUACCAGGCGCUGUAUCAUGCAGUCAAGGUUCUGCUGAAUAUGGACUUCUUGGAUGUUCAGAUAUAUGCUGGUGCUCGCCAUAUUCUAGGGCGUCCAGUACAGCAAAGAGACUUUCUCCGCUCUGUGCAGAUCGUCAAGCGCUGGGCCGCUUCAUCGAGCAAUGACACCUUGGAGGGGGCUCAGGGCAGCAACCCUCCAACGCCCCAGUACUCGACGGACUCUCCGGAUUCCCCAGCAGGAAACAGCAGAAUGAUGAUGAAUCCAGCGAGGAUUGCAGCAAGACACGCCGCUAAUAUGCUCCACCUGCAUACUAGGACACUCACAACAUCAAAGGCCAUGAGCCUGUUUCAUGUUCCUUGGUGUCUAUACAUAGUGACUUUGACUUGCUGGGCAUACCAUCACGCUCGUCCCAAUAAUCGACCAAGUGGCUCAUCCGUGGGACUGGAUGAGAUAGACGAGGAUGACGAAAUGAUAUGGAACCCCCAGUCUGAAAUGGAGAGUUUGGUAGCUAGCAUGGCCCAGGCCAGUGAAUCCACCAACCUACCGGCAGCAAAACGACAAGCAAAUGGGUUGGUAUGGACAAUGGCCGAGAUUCUAACCAAGGUUAGAUGGGGUAUUGUGCACGCUGGUGUUACGGUGUUGAAAGGGUUGGUCCCUCAAAGACUUGUCAACCAAUACGACGAGCCCUUGGAAUGGAGUCACGAGAAUAAAUAG